AGAUACAAUAUUUCAUAAACUUCCACCUUUCUUGUUAAUCAAAUAAUUAACGAAUCAAAUGGGGAGUGUAGCAAGGAGUAGUGUGGCUGCGAUCCUAGCCAUUGGUACUGCAAAUCCACCCAAUAUCAUCCUCCAAUCUGAAUAUCCCGAUUUUUAUUUCAGGAUAACCAAAAGUGAUCACAUGCUAGACUUGAAACAAAAAUUCGAUCGCAUAUGUAAAAAAUCAAUGAUUGAGAAAAGACACUUUCUCUAUACUGAGAAUUUUCUCAUGGAAAACCCUAACAUCACUACUUAUGGAGCUCCUUCUUUGGAUACACGACAAGACAUGCUUAUGGAGGAGAUACCAAAACUUGGGAAAGAAGCAACACUGAAUGCCAUAAGAGAAUGGGGGCAACCCUUAUCAAGAAUCACACACCUCAUCUUCUACACAACUUCAUGCUUAUGCAACACUCCCGGUCCGGAUUACCAUCUUGCCAAACUUGUUGGCCUCAGCCCAACCGUCAACAGGUUCAUGAUUUUCAACACCGGUUGCCAUGGCGGCGGGACCAUCUUACGCGUUGCCAAGGACAUCGCAGAGAACAACGCCGGAUCGCGAGUGCUCGUCGUGUGGUCAGAGAUUACACUGGCUUCUUUUCACGGUCCUAAUUCUAAUGACAUGGAUGUACUUGUAGGGCAGGGCUUAUUUGGAGAUGGUGCAGCUGCUAUCAUCAUUGGUGCAGAUCCUAAUAAUAAUAAUAACCCUAACUGCACUGAAGUUCCUCUUUUUGAACUUACCUUUGCUUCACAAACAACCAUACCAAACACCGAGAGCGUACUCCGUGCACGUCCAGAAGAAAUGGGUUUGGUUUAUUAUAUAGGAAAAGAGGUUCCUUCGCUUGUGUCUGAAAACAUAGGGAAGUGUAUAAUUGAAGCGUUUGAUUCCAUUGGCAUGAUGAGCAAUGAUGUAAUGGAUUGGAAUAACUUGUUCUAUGUUAUUCAUCCAGGUGGGCCGGCUAUUUUAGAUAGGAUCGAAAAUAAGCUUGGAUUGAAGGAAGAGAAACUAAGGGCGUCAAGGAAGGUGUUGAGCCAAUAUGGAAACAUGUUGAGUCUUAGCGUGAUUUUCAUAUUGGAUGAGAUGAGGAAGAGGUCUAAGAUUGAAGGGAAGAGCACAAGCGGUGAAGGGUUAGAGUGGGGUGUCUUGGCAGGUUUUGGUCCAGGGGUAUCUUUGGAGGUAGUAGUGCUUCGUAGUAUAUCUGUCCAAAGCCCUAGUUAAUUAUUCAACUAGAAUAAUAAUAGAUUGGUGGAAACUCAGGUGCAGUUGACU